UUUAAAAUCUUGAUUUGGAAAAGUUUGCCCCUCUCCUUGUUUAGGCAUUUACACAGACACACACAGACACGGAGAGAAAGGUCAUGAUCUAGGAACGGUCUGCUCCACCAAGGUCAUGAUCUUCCAUCUCAUCAGCCUUUGAGCACUUUGACUCCAUUUUCAUAGCAUCUCUCAUUUCCACAAUCUAGACCUAACAAAGCUGCAGCAACCCAGAUAAGGAUAAAUAAAGGCCAAAUAUUUCUUGGUUUUAUGGUUGUUUCUGUGUUCAAUCAACACAACUAAAAUGGCUAAGCGAUCCUUUACUCGUUAUGUCGAACAAGAGCUGGGAAAGUUGCCGCAUUUCGUGAUCUAUGCUUUGCUCGAAUGGACGUUAAUCAUUCUGCUUUUCAUUGAUGGGUUCCUUGCCUUUGCUGCCAAUGAAUUUGCCAAGUUUUUCGAGCUGAGAAUCCCAUGUUGGCUCUGCACCAGAAUCGAUCACAUCCUCGUUCAUAGGGACCAAGAUUUUUAUUACAAUGAUUCCAUUUGUGAAGCUCACAGGAAAGAUGUUUCAUAUCUUGCUUAUUGCCACAACCACAAGAAGCUGUCUGAUAUAAGAAAGAUGUGUGAGGCAUGCCUGCUUUCAUUUGCUACUGAGAAAGAAUCUGAUUGCGAUACAUACAAGUCCUUGGUUGGUAUUUUGCACAAGGAUCUUGAGUGCUUUGUUGAGGAUGAUUACCACCAAAUUCAGCUGAGUGUGCCUGCAGCAAGGACAUGGGAGGAGGCAGCAGGGCAGGUUGAGAAUAAUGGCAGCAUUGUUCAGGUUUCGUGUUCGUGUUGUGGCGUGCCAUUGAAGAUGAGCUCUACUUCCUCGGCCUAUCCUAAGGGCAAAAAUGGCAGCGCAUUAGCACAUGCUCCGGCUCCUUCUCCACGAGCACCGUUGAGAAACGAUGAGAAUCGUGGUUUGGAGUUGCCCCACAUUCGAUACACAGAACUCAAACUUAUGUCUGAUCAUGAGUCCGAGCUUCCAGAGGACGAGUAUGGAUCACACCCACCAAAUCGUGACUCUCAAUCAGUCAAGGAAGAUCCCAAAGCUUCUGCAGUGCCAUCAUUGACAGAAGGUGAUGACUUAACUGAUGAUGCAAACAGAACACCUGUUUUUGGCAAAGGAAACAGGUUUUUUGGGAUCCCACUUACAGAUUCAGCUACAAAUAGUCCCAGGGUGGCUAUGAGGAUUUCAAGGAAAUCACCACUGGAAAAAGGUAGCGACUUUGUGUUAGAAUCUGCCGACGGGAGCACUCCAAAUGAUGCCGAUUGUGAUUCCAUUUUGCACCGGUUGAAGAGACAGGUCCGGUUGGAUAGGAAGUCGCUGAUGGCUUUGUACAUGGAGCUGGAUGAAGAAAGAAGUGCUUCAGCUGUCGCAGCAAACAAUGCAAUGGCCAUGAUCACCCGGCUACAAGCAGAGAAGGCUGCUGUUCAGAUGGAGGCCUUACAAUAUCAGAGAAUGAUGGAGGAACAGGCAGAGUAUGAUCAGGAAGCCCUGGAAGCAACAUAUGAUCUGCUUGCAAAGAGAGAGGAAGAGCUCAGGAUUAUAGAAACUGAAAUAGAGGCUUAUAGAGAAAAAUAUGGAUUGCUCAAGGAAUUUGGCUAUGAGGCUGGUGAAGAGGUCAAAGGCUUGAACAAUGGUGAGCAUAAUGGGGAGAGCACACCCAAUGAUCAAGUCAUGUCAUCAAAGGAGGAGAACGUAGAGGGAGCGCUUGCUGAAUCUUUGAAACCUUUGAAAGAGGAGAAAACCUACCUCCUGGGUCGGAUGAAGAAACUCGAUAAGAGAAGUAACUUAUCAGCUAACGGGUUCCAUUCCUUGCAGGGCUCUGAUGGUCUGAAUCAUCCUGAUGAUGAGAUAGGAAAUGGAAACAAAGCUGCUCUAACAAGGCAAUUGUCAUUAUUGUCUCAUCUUAGUGAAAGGGUGAAGGCCCUUGAAUCAGACACUGGAUUCUUAGAAUAUGCUGCUAAGACACUUGAGAAACAUAGCGAAGGAACACAACUUUUGACAGAGAUAACUCAAAACUUGCAGAAGCUUCGGCACCUUGUCAUGAUGCCCCCGGAGAAAAACAGCGGAUUACCUUAAAAAAAAAAAAAAAAAAAAAAAAUUUAUCCUGAUAGUUCUCAUGGUAAUUGCUUAUAAUCCUCUCCCCAUUUUUACAUGAUAUCUUCACUUUGAUUAGCUAGAUAGCUUGAAGUUGAAGCUUUAAUUAAUUUGUAAUUUUAUGAACAUCUACUUUACAAGGAUGCUAGGAUAUUGUUGGCAAUGCUAGAGAAGGUAGGAAAGGUGAGGCAAAAAUCUUCAUAGCUGACGAGCAAACCCCGCCUCAGAGUACCAGAAUGGCCUUGCGAACCUCCACAGAUGAAUUGCUUCAAGUAUACAUGUUUCUUGUCCACUAGAGUUUCUCUUUUCAUUAGAGUUGUUGCUUCAUGCAUGGAUCCAAAACCAAAAAGCAUAUGCUUUUUCUGUACUUAUAUUGUCUUUUUAAAUAGAAUUUUUGUUCGCAAA